GUGACAGGAGCGACCUUCAUCGGACCGGACACUGGCGAGAUCCCCGAGACGGCCGACCUCCGCAAGAUGAAGAAGGGCGCGAACGAAGAUCGGUGGGUCCUCCUCAAGCGGGAUGGUUAUGUGGUCAUCAUUAAGGUCACCGAGAAUGCCGCGAUUAAGUCGAGUGGCAUGUACCUGAGUUUUGACCCUGAGGCAACUAGAGGUGACGCCCAAUUGUUGCUGGCCUUGAAGGGCUACGAGCGGGUGCAUCUGUGCAGGCACGACACGUGCCCGGAAGAGGGCCAGCAUUUCAAGAGCUACGCCUUGGCCCGCCAACUCAACCCACAGCGCUUCCAUCUCAUCUCUACAGCGGCUGGGGCCCAGAAGACAGGGACGAGGACGAUGGGAUGGCUUUUCUCCAAGGCCAACAAGACAGCCAAGCGGCUGAAGGACUAUGCAUCGGAGUCUGAGCGGGAGGAGACCGGCUCGUGCUGCGCCCACUUGGUCAAAUGGGAGGGCGAAGCAGGUCGAGUUUGCCUCAGUGAGCAUCCAUGCAAAGACCUCGCAACCACGGAUGUCGAGCUGCUUGAUGAGGACCGGAGUCAACUUCCGACGGACCAGGUGGCCGCGUUCUGCUCAGGUCAUGCGGUCCGGUACCUGACCUCGAGGGCAACGGCGAAGUGCUCCUGGGCAGGUUGCCAACGGUUGGGGGCGGUCACCAAGCAAGGCAUGCGACUAUGUGGUGUUCACCAGGAACCUGCUCCUACUCCGACCAGACGCUCCUCGCGGUCGAGGUCAAGGGCUCGGGACCCACAUCCGGGAGAAGAAGAUGGUGAUGAACGCGCCGAAGGAGAAGGUGAUGAACGCACGAGGCGCAGGGGGCGAGUUCGGGAGGUCGCCUAUCAGACCGAGGAGGCAGAGAACAUCCUCCGUGAAGUUCGUGAGGAGAAGGAGGAGGAGCCUCCAGCUCUCAGGAGAAGGAGGGUCGCAUCUCCCGGCCAUACUCCCAAGUCAUCGGUGCAGCACAGCCUGGCCAGGAUGGGAAUGAUCAACUCGCCGGAUCGCAGGGCGGACAUGACCUACUUGGAGGAGUUCAUGGAACAGAUGGCCUAUGGGAGGGAGUUACAGCUCAGUGAGGAAGAUAUAAGGAAGCAACUGGCGGCUCAAGCUGGUUUGGCUGUGGGAGACCUCACCCGAUACCUGUAUGAGCAGGCCAUGGAGGAGCAACGGAAGGGCACCAAAGGGCUCACGAAGUUCCUGGCGAAAUGGCGCCAGCAAGCGGCUGCUCGAGAGCGACCUUCGUCCCUCUCGGAAUGGAGUGUGGUCGAGAAGGAGCGGGACGGAGCAGCAGGGACUGGGCCGGAGGAGCGAGGAGGUCAGUCGGAGAUGACCGACAUCGCCAAAGCGAUCCAACAGCAAACGAAUGAGCUUGCAACGUUGGUCAAAGCCCAGCAGGAAACCACGACAGGGGCAGGAGGAUCAUUGAAGAGCCUCGGCAAGACCUCAGAAGAACUGGUAUUUUUGCUGCGUGGGUGCGGCCAGUAUACCGUGCAAGUCGGCAAUGAAGAGUACGGGGCCCCCUUAGCGCAAGCGCUGCUCGCGGCUCAGGAGAAGUAUGCCCUAAGUGCUUCAGAUUUUGUGCCCUGCACCGACGCGGAGCUGGACCAGUUCGCCAUCGAGAGUAGAACAGGCAAGCCGACAAAUGAGCAGAGGCCAACCGCACCCACUCGUUAUGAGGACUGGCUCAACAGAGUGAAGCGACAAAAUGACAUCUGGGCCCUCGUGUACGGCAUGGAGUGGAAGGCCGUGCGGGAGCGUGCCAUCAACCUGUUGGGAGAGUGGCACGUCAGUGCACCGCACAAGUGGCCGCUGCAGGUCCUGCUCGAUGUGUGGGAAGAGCUCCACUGGCGAUUCCUCGAGGAGUUGAAGGAGGAGCUGAGGAAAAUCAAGCGGUUGUCCGGGAGAGAGUCCAUGACCUUGCAGGAUUUGAAGUUCUAUGCCCUCAUGCCAGACGAAGAAGGGCGACCUCCUUUGAAUCUUCCCCAAACGUUCGAUCUACGACGUCCUGACGGAUGGUUCAUGUCAGAGGUGAUGCCCCGCAUUGAGAGGCGCCAGGAGAGGAUGCUCUGGAAGAUGACCUGGGAGGGUUCAGGGAAGAGUAGAGCCCAAGGACAACCUGCUGGUGGAGACGGAGGUUCCCGGGAGGAGAAGCCGACCUUGAAAACCCUGUUUGGGCCGAAGCUGACGGCGGAGGAGACGACCCGGGCCAAGGAUCGAGCACCGACGAAUAAGGAGGGCAAGCUGCUGUGUUGGGGAUACUUGACCCACCUGGGCUGCUCUCAGCAGGGCUGUCAACGAGCUCAUGAACCACUUCGCGGACCCUUUGAGGCUCUCGAUCCGGCGGUGCAGCUCCAGAUGCUUCGGAGAGGAGGCCUGAGGAGGAUGAAGGCGGAGACGAAGGAGUCGGCCGCGGAGAAGAUCAAGGAGAUUCGAGCCGGGGUGGCAAAGGACAAAGCCGCCAAGGUGCAGGAUGGCAAAGAUCGUCGACGGGCCGGACAGGGAGACCCAGCCAAAGAAGGGGAUGCCGAAGGUCCGGAGAAAGCAGGCGGCCAAGUCCAUUGGGAAGCUCCGGAAGAGAUGGUACAGGUGGACUACACCCAACAAGAGAAGGACUUUGCAGACUUGGUGGCGGGCCCCGAUGCAUCAUUGUUUGAGCACGUGCCAAGGGAUGCCAAACCCCAUGCGGGCCGGAAGGGCUCCACUGCCCCCUCGGAGGCGCAGGAUAUGGUGAGAAAGGCUCAAGCUCUAGCAUCGGGCCCAGUCCUGGGAAAACUCCAAGGGGCGUCAGAUGAUCUAUAUGCUUGGGCGUCGACAAGGGUGGCCAACGACCCGGAGAUCGCCUUCGACGCGCUCAUGGAGGAGAUGGUCCAGUACGGCCUUGGGGAACUGGCCGCAGAGGCGGCAGCUUUACUGGAGGCCUAUGGGCAGGGUCUGAAGGCAGGCCACCAAGCUCGAUGUCAGCUGGAAGACACACGAUGGGAAGGUGAGGGCCCAGGCAGAUCCUUGGCUCACAUCGAUGGCGCCCCGUGGGCUCUGUGGGACUUCGGAGAGAUGGUCCAUAUGACUGAGGAGCUGGCGGGUCUGCUGGGAGUAAUCGAGCCAGAGAAGGAGAAGAGGCAGUGCGUCACGAAGGUGCUGGCGGCCGGACUUCAUCUGGCACAACAUGGGAAGGUCCCCGCAAUGGACGAGGUCGAAAGAGCUACGCAGGAGUUCCGGCUGGAGCAAGCGAGGCUGGCAGUGGAGGCCGAGGGCGUGAUGGGACAUCCAGAGACUAAGGUCGCCCCAGUCGAGCACGAGCUGAGGAUGUAUGCCCAUGACAUCUUGAAGCCCCACCACGACAAGGACUAUCGAGCUUUGGCCGUGUUUCCCUUGGCGGCGAUGGAGGAAAUACGUGUGGUUGUGGUGCGAGUGGACUACAAAGGCGACCUGCUGAUUGAGACGGUGACGGGAAGCCAGUGGUCGACCUCGGAUGUUUGGGCGAUGAUUUCAAAAGGACACAUGACUUUGCUCCAGCCCCCUUCGCUAGAAGAAGGAAGAGCACUCUUGGAGAAGGAAGAGGUGUACAACACCCCAUGUCUUGGGUUUCGGUAUUUCUGGCAUCAGCGGCGCGAUCAAGCCAAAACGGCUCCCGGGAUGAUCUCUUGCCGACAUUGUCGAAGCAGGAAGGGAGGGAGUGCCGAGGACACCGAGACUACGGGGUCUUUGCGGGAGGCUGUACACGAAGCUGGAGGUCACAAGGGCUUAGUGUUGCAGGAGUACUUUGCCGGCCAUGGAGUCAUCACCAAGGGUUGGCGAGCUGCGAACCAGACGGCUCUACAUCCCAUCGAGCUCUACGAGCAACCACAUCAACAGCUUGGGCCCCGCCCGGAGCAUGACUUGUCCGAUCCUGUACGGCAAGAGUACUACCUCAACCGGCUCCGAGCUCGUGACUCUAACGUGCAGUGGAUAGCCAGCCCGUGCACCACGUUUUGCGACUGGUGUCUGCAGAAUGGAGGCACUCGCACCUUCCAGAACCCGGCGGGAAAACCCACCGCCAAGGAACAAGUUGGCAAUGCUUUGUCGGAGUAUGGAGCGAAGGUGUUUGAAGCAUCGCUCCUGCAAGGUGGCUUCCCCGUGGCCGAGAGCUCGGGCACUUCGGGGCGAUACCCGAAGCAAUGGCAUCUACCCCAAUGGCGCCGGCUUUUGCAACGACCGGACGUCGACUUCAUUGAGAUCGACAUGUGCGCCUUUGGGCUAGGGCCCCCGGACAUGCCGGACCAUUUCUACCGCCACAGGACUGGACUGGCCUUCCCGCAUCAUCCACCUUUGCGCCAAGCUCUGCUACGCCUGUGCCCUGGAGUCUCAGAUAGCCAUCAGCAUAUCGCACUCAAAGGCAAUCGACCUGGGGUCAAUGUGUCUCGCUGCACGGAAGCUGGAGUUUAUGCGGACGCCUUCGUACGCACUGUGGUGGAGACUUUGGUUCACACCUUGGAGGAGCCUGCGGAGCCGGAGGGUGGCCAGAUUGAACCAGAAGAAGGCCAGAACGAGGUCGAUGAUCUUGGGCGCCUAAACGAGCAGGAGCUGCAGCAGGUUGCGGGUAUGGCGGUCGACGAGGCGCUGGGUGUGUGGAAUGGUGUCGAGGUCAACAAUCCUCACCGUGAUGAACCGGAUGGGGAAGAGUUCGAGGACGUCGAGGGUCAGGAGACUCGGAUUGUGUGGCAGAACCUUGGCCAGCGCAAUCGUAUGGAGGUCGACGCGGAGAGGGGCUACGUAUGGGUUCACACCAACGAGGCAAGGAAUGACUUGGUGUUGCCAGAGGAGCUGCCCUACCCGUACUGGCCCCAUCGGUUCCACAGUGAAAGGUACACCCGAUGUGAGACGAGGGACCAGUGGGGUCGUCUGCAGGUGGCCGAGGUGUACGAUGAUUGGAGAGUCCAAGGGCGCGGCCAACCUCCCUUUGCACCAUGGACGGGGGCAACUCUGUUUGUAUUCGAAGAUGGUCAAGUGCCCUGGGGGGUCCUGACGCUGGCGGAGGCGGAGGUCACCCGGGAGGAGGACAAGGUGGUUCGCAGUGGGACGGGAACUCUUGGAACUCCACCGACUGGCAAGGGUUGA